AUGAUCAACGGCUCAAGAGACAUGUUGUCGUCUUUUACGGAAGGUCUUGUGACGUAUGCUUGUCAAGAUUUAGAAGAAGAAUCAAGAGAAGAAUUAAUAUAUAUGGCGAAAUUAUGUGAAAUUGCUGAAUGUUAUGAUGACAUGAGAAUUUAUAUGAAAAAAAUUAUUCAACUCAAUUCAGAAUUAUCCAUUUCUGAAAGGAAUUUAUUAUCGGUGGCCUACAAACAAUCGGUGAACCCCAAACGUCAUUCAUGGACAAUGACUUCAUCGAUUUGUUCCAAAUUAUCAGAAAAGAAUGAAAUUCAACAAUUGAAAAUGGCACAACUCUAUCAACAACGCAUUGAACAUGAAAUUACGGAAAUUUGCAAUGAAUUAUUUCAUUUGUUAGAUCACUAUUUAAUACCCACUGCCAAUCGUAUCCAAGAUGGAGAAGCAAUUCUGUUCUUUUUCAAAAUGAAAGGUGAUUAUUAUCGUUAUUUGGCAUUUCAAUCCAAAUUAAGAGGAAACAAUGACGAUGGUGAACUUUUAAAGUACUACUCUCAACAAGCCUUACAAGCUUACGAAACUGCACGAACCAUGUCGACAACAAUUCCAGCAAGUGAUCCACUGAGAUUGGGAUUCGCUCUCAACUGGUCUGUGUUUUACCAUGAUAUCAUGGACAUGCCACGAGAAGCAUUCAACAUUGCAAAAGAAGCGUUUGAUGAAACAUUGAAUGAAUUAGAUACACUCUCUGAGGAGUCUUAUAAAGAUACUGCUUUCAUCAUGCAAUUAUUGAGGGAUAGCCUUACAUUAUGGGAUUAUGAUGCAGAAGAGGAAGAGGACCGGGUACAAAAGCAAGAUCACCACUAA